ACCCGUUUCUUACCUUCUACUGUUUAUCGUCUCCCUACGACGCUCAUCGGUUCUGGCCAUAGCUUCGUUUCCAGUCAGCAAGGGCGAUAUCCUUCCCUAGAAACGUUUUGCUGGGCGGUGGCUGCUUCGAUACAUUUCCAAUGGCUACGCAGGGUUCCAAAUGCUUCAACUGUGGUGGCGAAGGCCACUUUACACGUGAAUGCCCUUCGAACCGUUCGUCUGCGGCUCUUGGCGGUGGGAAUGGUGUUGGUAAUGCUACUACACCUGCACGCUAUUGGACGCCGCGGUGGAACUAUAAUGAGGAUACAGAGGAGAAGGAGUUCUUGCAUCAGCUCAUCCAAGAGAAGAGGGAGGAACAAGCGAAGAGGAGGGAGUUCGAGGAGAAGAGGAAGAUGAAUGAGAUGAUUAGAUUAGAGAUCGAGAGGAACUCGGAGGCGGUAGAAGCAAGGGUCAUGUCCAAAAUUGGGCGCCAACUUCUUGAGGCUCGCGAGGAGGCGAGGAGAGAAGAAGUUAGGUUCACCCGUACACCGGUGCCAGUUUACAGAGAUACGGGGGUCAAGGAGUACACGGAUAAAGGGCUGGAAGAGAUCGAGGAUGAGAUCGCAAAAUUGUAUGAAUUGCGGGAGAAGAAACGGAAGGGUAAGAUUCCAUUAGAGGAAGGGUCGCGGAAGCCUUUCAGACAGCCGAAUUUCCAACGAGAAGCAUCUGAUGAUUACGAAGCGGGGGAGUCCUCUCGAAUGGCUGAAGAGCGGUCAUGUACCAAGGUGUGUGCUGGCAGUGGUCCUGAGGGGGUGCUGGCGUUCGUGCUAGCGCAGCACCGGAUUCUUACCCCGAAGAGCAAGGAACAGUUGAAACAUGUCUGCCGAACUGAAGGGUUAACUUACACAACCAAAGGUCCUACUAUCGAGCGGAUCAUUGAAGCCAGGACGCAACUUGCUUAUGAGGGUUUUGUCUUCGCUCCUUCCCCUUGACCAGCGGUAAGUCAGGAAGAUGAGAGGACGCCGGGUAAGUGAUUGUCUGAUUUUUUCUGGUUACAAUUGUGGGCGAAUUUGAUCGUCUGCUUACGCCU